CCCAGCCCACGUCUGCGCGUGCCCAGGUGAGGCGGCGGCAGGACGCACGAGUGUGACGCGGCUCACCUGGGCUGCGCGCUGCUUCCUGUCAGCUCCGGAGAGAUCCAGCAGCGCAGCGUCUCUGCCGGCUUCGGCUACAGUUCGCGAUGCCGGACUCGAUCAGCGUCUCAGACUUUGUGGCGGAGACCAAUGAGGACUUCAAAGCUCCCACCACCUCCAGCUUCACCACCCGAAUGCCGGAAUGCAGGAGCACAGUGAUCGCUCUGGAGGAGGGUCUGGACUCGGAUGCAUCGCUUCUGCACAAGAUCAAGAAGUCCUUAAAGGCCAUCCACUCGUCUGGCAUGGCCCACAUUGAAAGCCAGGAGCAGUACUUCCAGUCCCUGGAGAAGUUUGGACAGCGCUUUCUCUCCAAAGAUGAUGAUUGCGAGAUAGGCUCAGCCUUCAUCAAGUUUAACCUUCUGACCAAAGAGCUAACAGCGCUCUUCAAGAACCUGGUGCAGAACAUGAACAACAUCAUCUUCUUCCCUCUGGAAAGCCUUCUGAAGGGGGACCUUAAGGGAGUCAAGGGGGACCUCAGGAAGUCCUUUGACAAGGCCUGGAAGGAUUAUGAAACCAAACUGGCAAAGAUCGAGAAGGAGAAAAGGGAACACGCAAAGCAGCAUGGUCUGAUUCGAUCGGAAAUCAUCCCUGGAGAAAUCGCUGAGGACAUGGAGAAAGAGAGGCAGAUGUUUCAGUUGCAGAUGUGUGAGUAUUUCCUUAAAGUGAAUGAGAUCCAAGUGAAGAAAGGUGUCAACUUUGUCCAAAACCUUAUCAAGUACUUCCAAAUUCAGGGCAAUUUUUUCCAGGAAGGUCUGAAAGCUGUGGAAGACCUAAAACCAUCUGUGGAAAAACUGGCAUCAAACCUGGUGACGAUCAAACAGAAUCAGGAUGGAGAGAGAAAACAGCUGACUCAGAUCAGAGACAUGCUAAAAGCAUCAAUGCAGGCUGAGCAGAAAGAGGAUUUACAAUUGAAACAGAGCGCUGGUUACAGCCUCCAUCAACUGCAAGGUGACAAAGUGUACGGCACGGAGCGGGAUGGGGUCCUCUACAAGAGGAGUGAGGGUCUCCGGAGAGUAUGGCAAAAGAGGAGGUGCUUUGUGAAAAAUGGCUUCCUGAACAUCUGUCACGGCACAUCCAACCGAGAUCCAGCCAAACUCAACCUGCUUACCUGCCAGGUGAAAAGGAACCCGGACGAGAAGAAGAGCUUUGACCUAUUCUCACAUGACCGGAUCUACCACUUCCAGGCUGAAGAUGAGAUAGAGUGCCAGAUCUGGGUGUCUGUGCUGCAGAACAGCAAGGAAGAGGCCCUAAAUGAUGCCUUCAAAGGCGGCAGCAAUGAAGGAGAAAAUAACAUUGUUCAAGAACUGACCAAAUCCAUUGUGGAGGAGGUGAAAAAAAUGAAUGGCAAUGACCGCUGCUGCGACUGUGGAGCUGCAGGUCCUACCUGGCUGUCCACCAACCUUGGGGUCCUCAUCUGUAUCGAGUGUUCUGGGAUCCACAGAGAGAUAGGGGUCCACUACUCCAGGAUACAGAGUUUGGACCUGGAUGUAUUAGGGACUUCAGAAAUGCUGCUGGCAAAUAAUGUGGGAAAUGCCAGCUUUAAUGGGAUCAUGGAGGCGGAUCUGGGUCCCCAGGGCAUCACCAAACCUGAUCCCAGCAGCGACAUGCAGACCCGGAAGGAGUACAUAACAGCCAAAUACACAGAGAAGCGCUUUGCCCGGCGGCUGUACACCAAUACUGAGUCCAGGCAGAAGGCACUAUAUGAAGCCGUCCGGAACAAGGAUGUCCUGUCGCUGCUGCAGGUGUAUGCUGAGGGGGUGGACCUGAUGGAGGCUGUCCCACAGCCCAGCGAACAUGAACAUGGAGAGACUGUGCUUCAUCUGGGAGUCCGAAUGGCCGACAGAAAUUCUCUGCACAUAGUGGACUUUCUGGCUCAAAACAGUCCAAACCUUGACAAGCAGACGGCCAAAGGCAACACAGCACUGCAUUACUGCUGCCUGCUAGACAACAGGGAGUGUCUGAAGUUAUUGCUGAGGGGAAGAGCUUCUGUGUCCAUCACAAAUGAAGCCGGAGAAACUCCUCUGGACAUUGCAAAGCGGCUGCAGCACUCUACGUGCGAGGAGUUGCUUACUCAGGUUCAGACAGGAAAGUUCAACGUACAUGUCCACGUGGAGUAUCAGUGGCGCCUCCAAAACGAGGAGCUGGAUGAGAGUGAGGACGAAAUGGAAGACAAGCCCAUUCCAAGCCGACGGGACGAACGUCCCAUUAGCUGCUUCGUGCCCAGCGCUGCCCUGCAGCCCAGCCUGGCAGCCCUGGCUCGAGACGCUGCCUCCAUGGUGCGGGACAAACAGAGACCUCCCAUCCCCAGUUCAAUGAUUAGCAAUGAGACGUAUGGCACUGCCAUGGAUUUCAGUCGGCCUCCACCGAGACCAAGCCCUCCUCCCUUGCCUAACAGAGGUUUGAAUAAAGGUGGGGGUGCAUCAGGAGGAGGCAUUGCUAAGCCAGAAGUGGGGAGACAGCGUUCUUUGUCUGACCCGCCCAACGCGCCCAUCACAGAGAAGAACCUCUCUGUCUUUGUGCUACCAGUUGCCCCCCCUCUCCCAGACAACUGGGAGUCGAAAACUGUGUCAGCGAAGAACCAUCCCCUCCCUCCUGUUCCCUCCCCACCAGCAGGACCACCUCCUGUCCCACCAGCACCUUCACUUCCACCGCCUUCAAUACACAAACCACCUCCCCUCCCCCCACAUCAACCAAAUUACAAAAUGAGUGGACCAUCCGGACCACUCGGACCCAAGCCCCCAAUGCCCCCCCCUGGAUUAGCGAAGCAGCCUCCACAGAGACCUCCUGUCAGAACUGGAUCUGUAGAGAAAUCAGGUCUUCAGUCCAAAUCUCCACAUAGUCCAGCUCCUCCAUUACCCAAACCCAGAAAAAACCUCUCUCAGCAGAAGCCUAAAAGGGUGAAGGCCAUCUACAACUGUUCUGCCGACCAACCGGAUGAGCUGACAUUUAAGGAGGGGGAGGUAAUUGUGGUGGAGGGGGAGGAAGACCAUGAUUGGUGGAUCGGACAUGUGGAAGGAGACCCGGGCAGGCGGGGUGCGUUUCCUGUCACCUUUGUUCACUUCAUCUCAGAGUGAUUCCUGCUCCCCCCAUCCUGGACCAGCAAGGGAGGGUCAACUUCUGAGAAACAUGCAGCCUGCACCCUUGCAGCACCUUUGUGCCUUCUACAGACUCUGAACUUGUGCCCGCUUUCGCUUGAACCCCGUUUUAUGCAGAAGAUAAUAAUGUCAUGCUCUUUCAACACAGACAUGGGUGGGAUUUAAACUGUGGAUGAAACCGUGAAUAAAAACAUGUGCUCUGA